GUACAUUCUAUAUAAACCCUUUUGUAUUCUUUGUAAAUAGAGAGUUGGACAUAUAACUCUUUGUCAAAAUAGAAAAAUGACUUCUUGGGUCAAAACAAUUACUACUCCUUUUAGAAAAGCUCGUACUUUUUUCAAUAAUCAACAAUCACCAAGAGAUUCACCAAGAGAUAAGAAGUCACGAGAAGAAGGUUUAGAGAACCAUGUAGUAGAUUUGCAGGGUGAAGUAAUGGCUUGUGCAUAUGAAGAUGUUCAGGUGAUGUGGUCAAUUUUAGACAAGUCCAAAGCUAUCAGAACCUGAAAUCUUUGUUUUUUCAAGCUAAAUCAAGAACAUAUUGUACAUAUUUUCUCAUUAUCUUGUUGUUGUGGUGGCUAAACUGACGCCCAAAAGACCAAGAUUUUGAAAAUUUUGAUGCUAUUCUACAGCCUGUAGUCCCCCCCCCCCCCCCCCAACCCCCUACCCCAGCAAAAAAAAAAAAAUGAAAAAGAGCACAUAACAAGAACGAACAAGUUCUUCUGACACCAAUUUUUUUUUUUCUUUUUUGUUAUUUCCCAUGAUCAAUGAAAAUCAUGGCUAUUCACUGUACUGGGUUUGUAAUUAUGUCGAUGCAGUAACAAUUAUUAUUUAUUCAUUUUAUCUAGUC